UGGAGAGAUAGAUACGAUUCUGGCUUUUUUUGUCUGGAAAAACCGAUUUUGGGAACACUGAAAUGCAAGAUUUUCCAUAUAAAUUAGGAGCUUUUCCAGUUAGAUUAAUAGAAAGCUAGUUGCGUUCUAUGGUGUUACAAUCCUAUGAUUAAUGCGCUAAGUACCAUUGAAACGAGAAGUAAUCAAUAUCAUGGGGCAAUUUUCCAUAGAAUAGAAUAAUCCUAGCAUGUGAUUUCUGCUUAGGACUUUGAAAGUUGGAUUUAAUAAACUUCCUUAGCAAUAACGAAGACCCCUCAUUUAUAUGGUAUUUGACAGGGGACACCUCGAAGCUAUACUAGCGAUAAAAUACGAAAAAUUCAAAAAUUCAAAUUUUCAUGUCCGCAAAGAGACCUCUUCUUUUAAACUACGGGCCUUGAUCUAUAGUUUUUUAAAACAGGAGCCACAAAUGCUUUUUAAUUCCAGUAAAACGAACAGAAAUAUAAUAUGCAUUCUUUCUAUUAAUGUUUCUGCCAAAUAGAAAUAAAAGUAUUUCAUUGAUUGAUGUAUUCUAGGAAUCUGAGAGUGUUGAUAAUUAUCACUUUUCACACAAAUCGUGAGAGAAUGCUGAUUAUAAGUGUAAUGAUAUUUCUUGCUCUGUAUAAUGCAGUGCAUGUUCAACAUUUACUGUAUCAUUCUGAUAUUCGUCCAAGUUCGUAUCUGACAUUUGAUUGUCUGUACACUCAACUCAUUCAAGGUGAAUUAAAUGAGUAUACGACUUAUAUUACGAACAAUCACUUAACUCCCUAUUGUCGACGACCUGAUAAUGAUGAAAAAGAAGAAGAGAGUUUUGAUAUAUUGGAUGACAAUAUAGCAAACAAACUUACUUUUAACGAAUUGAGCAAACAAGGUAUAACAGGUGAACAGCUUCUCCAUUGGUUAGCACCCAUUGAUCUUGUUGAACGAUAUGAAAUAAAUAAUCGAAGUUCAGAGUUAUUUUAUAACUGUUCAUCACCAUGGUUUGGUUCGAAAUGUCAAUAUCAAUUUGUUUACGAUUCAUCUCUUUCGUUUAAUGAAAUCAUUCAAGCAUCUUUGGAAAGUCGUUCGGAUGUCAUGCUGAACGUAAGUGUUACCACAUGUUAUCGCUUUUUAUCUGAUUGUCAGCGUGGGCCAUGGUCUUUAUGUCUCGAUUGGCGUCAAAUAUGUAAUGGCAAAGUUGAUUGUAUGAAUGGUGAAGAUGAACAAUGGUGUGAAAUAUUAGAGAUGACUACAUGUGCUGAUGAUGAAUAUCGAUGUCAUUAUGGUGGUCAAUGUAUUCCAUUGGAAUUUGUACGAGACAAUACCUUAAGUUUUGACUGUCUCGAUAGUAGUGAAGAGAUAGAGGAAGACCCAACAUUUAUGUCACUGAGAAAUUCUUUUUGUCGUCGAAUUAUCUCAUUUCAAUGUGAAGAGAGUAUUAAUCGAUAUCCUCAUGCUUUUCCAUGUGGUAAUGGCCAAUUUUUGGAAGCGACCGAAUUGCCAGAUAAUGCGCAUCAGUGUUCCAACGAACGACAUAGACAAGUGACUUUAGCCAUGCUUACUUCAUUAGAUCACAUUAAAGAUAUUAAAUGCCAACAAGCAUUUCGUUGUUUACUUCUUUCAAAUCGAAGUUAUGGUAGGCAUGAACAAUUAUAUAUUAAUUUAACUACUGAGAAAACUCAAGUGUUUUAUCUGUUUUUCAAAGAGUAA